CCUCGAAGGCUGGCAGAAGGCAUCGGUAAGGAAGAGGUACCAAAGCAAUCUACUUCUCAGACUCACCAAGUUUUGACAGCAGCUGAGGCGGACCUGACUGAGACCCAUCAGAAGCAAGGCAAGUGGGGGAGAGGACCUCCUGGUAUGAGACAGAACAGAGACGGGCACCCAACUACCUGCGGUCAGAGCCGUGAUGGCAAAAUCAGGCUGCGGCAGCGAGCGGCUCCUCAUGGACGGCGUCUAAACCUCCACAUGCUCACUCAAGUUCAGAGAGCCGGCAGACGGGAAGUGAUGGCGGCCUUACGGCAUGGCGACACCAUACACAGGCCCUCUAAGCACCCACCUCGGACUUACUCAUCCUAUAUCUGA